UACUCGUCCAUGCUUCUAAUGUCUGCACGUAUGUAAUACGCGUGUUACCUGAUCUCUUACAGUCAUGAAGCCAACAUGCUUCGGCGCAGUCACAGGAAGUCCAAAGGCGGGUGCCUGGAGUGCAAACGACGGCAUAUCAAGUGCGACGAAAACCGCCCUCGAUGUCGGCUAUGCACCGUUUCUGAGCGCGCGUGCAGCUUCACAUCCAUUUCAGCCCCAGAUGCACACUCUCGAUCCGUAAGCCCAGGAGUUCAGUAUGACUUGACUGCUUCAACGACACGACACGAUGCCUCUCCAGCAACCUCUGCGCUCCGUGACGAGCGACCGACAGAUGUUCCAUCGACUAAUGGCAGCCAAGCGUACUAUGAAGAGCAUGUCAAUGUCGGUCACAUGGAGCUUUUCCUACACGCUAUGCUAAAUGAAGAAAUGUACAAUUUUGCGGUUGGCUUUGAGAAGUUCCAUCGUUCUGGUAUCGCUCUCGGUUUCGAGACGGCUCUACAGGCGCCAUACCUCAUGCACCAAAUCCUCGCCUUUUCCGCCUGCCAUCUGGCACAUGUCAAUCCGGAACGGUCAGCCUACUUUCGUCACCAAUCUGUGACUUUACAGACACGCGCUGUUUCGCUAUUCAAUUCGGCCAGAGUAGAUGUGGACCAAUCCAAUUGUGUACCGAUACUGCUUUUCUCUUCAAUGCUGGGUCAGCACCUACUGGCGGACACCCUUGCAUUACGUCCUUCGACCGGUAUCGAAGGAUUCAUCACACACUACGUGCAGUGUAUAGAUAUGCACAGAGGUAUCUAUACCAUUGCUACAUCCGCGUGGCCACUACUGAUGAAGUCGGAGCUCGAACCGAUACUUUCAUUGAGUAGGACCUUCACUUCUCAGCCCCCAAAGGGCGAUGAUUGUUCGUCUGUUAGCAAUCUCAUCGACUAUACUGGCGGCAUCAGCGAAGAGGAAAAGCACGCAUGUCGAACUGCAGUGCGCUACCUUCAAGUCGGGCUUGAUGCCGUGCAAAGCGACGAGGAUUCACUGAUCAGUCGGUAUCAAAUGAUCUGCGAGUGGACUAUGCUUGUUCCCCCGAGAUUCACCAGACUCUUGGCCGUGAAGCAGCCUGUAGCCUUGGUAGUGCUUGCUUACUACACCAUCUUACUACACUUCGGCAGACAUUUAUGGCAAGUCGGCGAUGCCGGACGAUAUAUUUUUGCCCUAAUCGAAAAGUAUUUGGGGUCUCAAUGGAGGACCUGGCUAUCACAUCCACGAGCGGCGUUGUCAGAUCCAGUCUUGGGAUAGAUCCGUGUUCGUUGCAAGGCUGCAUUGGUACAGGGGUGUGCGCCGCCGUUCUAUGAGCUGACCAAUCGUUGCCAAAAUCGUUUUUCCUCUUACUUGUUCGGCUCUCCAGCUUCCUACAUUGGUAUUCCGUUUGCUUCAGUCAGCUUUGCAUAUGCAAGGCAAGCACCCACGCGAACUCUAACCUACCGCCUGCAAGCAUUUAAUGAACCGCUCUGGUGGGCACAUGG